AUGAAUAGCCGACUCGUGUACGCCUUCGCCAUGCUCGCCGUAGUUUUUGUGACAGCCGACGAGGACUGGGAUCCCACUGUCCGGGACCAUGCGCAAUUCUGCGCCACCAUGGCAAAAUACGCACCGGAUGGAGACGUCUACUGUGAACAUUUCGCACUUUGCUGUAACAACAAGUUCGACCCAAACAACGGAGACAAGUGCCAGGUUAAGGAGUCGGAGUGCACGAUUACGGAUGACGGACGGACCGGUGUGGGCACAUGCAAAUUGUUCAACUGCACCGAACUCGUCACGACUACAACCACCACGACUACACAAGCCCCUCUCUACGAAUCGAUCAAUGCCGCUUACCAAGGUAAUUAUCCAUUAAUCCUUGGGGUUGUUCCGUUGUAUCAUUAA